AUGACCUUCUCGGGGGGGGCGUUAGAUCUGAUUAUUUACGGUGCCAUCCCGGUUGCGAAAGGCACUUAUUUCUGGUGGGCGAUUUUGAUCGGUCUAGUUUACAUCCCGAUUUAUUUCUUCGCUUUCUACUUUGCGAUCAAACGCUUCAACUUGCCAACUCCGGGUCGGGGCGAAAACGCGGUUCUUUACACUAAAGCCGAUUACCAGGCUCAGCAAAGUUCCCGGCACGGGCCGCAACCGGGUCAAUCAACCGAUCGGCAAGUCAACUUAGUGGUCGAAGGUUUUGGCGGCUGGGAUAACAUCAAAACUUACACGAACUGCGCCUCACGCCUUCGUUACGAUGUUUAUGAUCCGGCCAAAGUCAACGAAAGUAAGUUUAAGCAGGCCGGUGCUUUCGGAGUUCAAAAAGUUGGUCAGCACCACUACCAAAUUAUCUUUGGUCCGGCUAGCGAACAAAUUAACGCCAAAAUUAUGGCGGCUCGAGGUAAAACUAUGGCAGUUUCAACCCCCACUUUUGAAAAACAAAAAACCGCUUCCAGCGAGACAGUCAAAUUGACUAAAAUUGACGUUAAAGGUGUGGUACCCGGUCGGUCAAUGAGUCUUAAGUCGCUCAAAGACGGCGUGUUUUCGGAAAAGAUUAUGGGCGAUGGUUUGGCGAUCAUGCCGAAAGUGAGCAGCAAGCAAAUUUUCUACGCUCCGAUCAGCGGUAAACUCGUGACCGUUUUCCCGACUGGCCACGCCUACGGAAUUCAAAAUUCGCAGGGAGUCUCGGUGCUAGUCCACAUCGGGAUUGACACGGUUAAUUUGCGCGGCGAAGGGUUUAAGUCGCUCGUUCGGCAAGACCAAGUCGUCACGGCCGGUGAUCCGCUCGCCGAGGUGAACCUAACUUUAGUUAAGAAAAAGGCUCCUUCAAUCGCGACGGUGGUCGUUCUAACGCCCGAUUCCAAGGGCAAAGCUAAGUCAAUCAUGGCGAGCGGCCAAAAUGUUAACCAAGCGAGCACGAUUUUCAAAGUCAGUUAG